AUGCCCUCCGUAAUAGCCAAGGUAAAAACACAAAUCGAGCUUUGGAAAGUUGGCAAGUACACCAAACGUCGCUCCUAUCUUCCUGAAUUCGAACCGAGAGACAAGGAUCACUACCGGCAAUCUUAUCAUGAUGGUGUCUAUUUGUCAUCCAUGCUUGACGAUAGAUCAUCGACUCCACGAAAAAAACGGAUACUGUUUGGUGGCGUUGUUGGUGGCAAGAGAAAAUCAGUUCCCUCAUUUCCCCCACCGCAGUGUUCAGAAACCUAUACACUAUCGUAUUUCGAUCGAUCCUACUAG